UACCGAUAACUACCGAUAAACUUUCAGUGACCCUACCGAUAUUAAGGAAUUCAAUCUGGCCACCCUGGUCGUCAUCCAUUCGCGGGCGGCAAACGUGUGAAUACAAUAAUGUGGUCCAACUUUGAACUAAUCUCGGUCGAAGAUGAAACAUUGAACAGUGCAUUCUGUAGUAACGGUCUUUUCCGUAUUUCCAGCGAGAAAUUGGUUGAAAGAAAUCCUCGCGUAACUGGAAUUCUACAGAAUCGCCGACUAAUAAUUUCAAUCGACAAAACAUUGGUGCUGUUCCAGGAUGAGAACCGUUGUAACGAUGGAAAUUUUUUGGACCUUUCGUGUGAUAUUGAGGGUGUUGCGACUUCGGAGAGUGGCGACCUGAUUGUUUGUGCGCUCUCCAAUGGAAUGAUAAGCGGAUUUCAUGUACGAGGGUUCAACUUAUUCAACUUGUCAACCCAUCCGGAUGACUAUAAUACAGGACGAACAUUUGCAGAAAUUCGAUAUAUGAAUGGAAGCUACUUUGUUCAAUGUUCUCGAGGUCCAGUGUAUCAAAUCAUUAUCGACGAAGUCAAGGUAAACGAAUCGCUAAAACAGUUGGACACAAGCAACAUGGAUAAUACGUUGAACUUUGAUGAUUGUAUCGUUAUUGAUCGUGUGUUUGAGAAACAUCUGCGCGAAAUUAUAACUAGUUUUGUGCCGAUGGUAAGCUACAAUCUAGAAAAUAAUGUUGCAUAUACUUCAGUCAUGUCAACGAGCAAUGAAUCGGUGUAUUUUCAACGUUCAAAUAGUUUUAGCAAGGUCUUGUUGAAACCGGAAUACAGUGGCAUGAAAAAAGUUUUCAACCUUUUUGGAUGCUAUGUAGCUUUAACGCACAAUGGGCAGUUAGUUGAAAUUUGUUCCACUGUUAAACUGACAUCAGAGCUCUGUGUAGCCUAUAAAAUUGACGACUUCAUCAUUAUGGAAUGCACGGAAGAUACCGUCGAAUUGUUGAUACUGACGAAACCAAAUGAGAGCGGUAUAAGAUUGAUGAAAAUUGUCGAUUUUCCUUCAUUGGAAUGUAAAUACGAACUGGAUAUUAACGAGUAUGUCUGGUUGGUACAGCAGCCUAAAAGUGCAGUAAACAUUUACUACAUCACAGGAGUGGCUGGAAAUAACCAGCAUGUUCAGGAAAUUGAAAUGAAAAUCUUGUCAGAAACACAACCAUCACUACGUCUGGAUAAGUUGAUCCGCACAGGACGUCUAGAUGAAGCCGAAGAUUUUGCCAAACAGUUUGAUCUUAGUUUACAGUUAAUUUAUCAGGCAAAGACUCGUCGUUUGUUAGGACAGCUGGCCACUAGCAGGCAUGCAGCAAUCGAGACACUUCAGCAAACCUUUGACAAAAUGAUGGAAAUAUUGAACAUGGUCAAAGACCCGUCGUUUUUCCUCACCAUUCGUCUGGUUGCUAUUCCCGAACGAAACAUGAAGAAAGUGUUCCUGCAAUUUUUGUUGGAUAAAAUAAAUAAAAACUGCACUGAAGCCGCAGAAAUUAACGAACAUUUGCUUCGAUUGGACACAUUGAGACUAAUUGACCCUUACGAGGUGGACUCUGAAUGGCAAAAUUUUGUGUAUCAUCAUAAUCUUACCAAACAUUGCAUUGAACUGUUUAAAACCGACAUGCCUGCAGCCUGUCUCAUAUGGUCUCGCCAUAUAUCUUCCAUCAUCCUGAAUAUGGACGCUCUCAAAAUUGCUAGCCUAUUGAAAUCAAUUCCAGAAGGCACUCCGCCGUUGCAAUUGAUCCAGUGGCUAAUGCACUUCGUACCUCCCAUCCUGCAACAUCUCCCACAAAUGAUGCGCAUGCUGGUAACGUUCGUGAUUGGAAAGACAAAAGCUCUUCAGUUUUCUCCAUUUUGGCCGAAAGUUGGUCUUACUUUCAUAAACGAUGUGAUCGUUAUCUUCAAAGACGUGAAGUUCCCAAUCAUGGAUAUGCGACUGCAGUACGAGACCAACAUGGAAGAGAUGGAACACUUAAGUGACGCUCUUAAGGAUCUUACUUUGCUGAAAGAAAAGUUCAACCUCACCACCAACGUCGAAAACUAUCUCCAGGAAACUAAAGAACAUACCGCUUUUCGACUGCUACAAACUGUGCAACUGUUGAAUUUAAAGCGGGUUGUAACCGAGUUUCUCUACCCAAUGUUUGUUGGACAGGAAAUUCGACUACAGAGCUCCAUCACCCAGUACAUUCAGUUUCUGGUCUCUAAUCAAAACAUAAGCUAUUGGGAGAAACGCUGCGUCAUUCUUGUGGGGGUAAUUCAUAACGAAGACACCAAAUUGAAUGUCAUUCUUGAUAUACUGAAAUCAUCUCCGGCACCGUGGUCCCCAACUAUAACACCACUGAUAAAGUAUGCAAAUUCUGACCAUCCCACAGCAGCGAAAAUUUUGCUCGAGCAGCGCACUCAGGUUGUGAAAAUUAUUAAAGUUAAGUACGGUUGGCCGGCCAAGAGCCAGGGUUGCCUGCGAAUGUUAGCCAAUCGAGUGCUGAAGAUGCGCGAACCGAGUAUGUUGAAUGACAUCAAAGAACUAACUGAAUCGGCUCCAGAAAUCGCUCACGCAGUGGACAUGAACGUGAUGAUUCGACUUGCGGAGUACGAAGAAUUCGUCGGCGCGAUUCGCUACAUCGAUGGAUUGGCUGAGCAACGUAAACAGAACUGUUGUCGGUCCGUGGUGGAAAUUUUAAUGCAAAUUCUGGACAGCAUAUCUUGUUACGAUUCACUCUCGGAAAACUACAUUGAGCUGUUGCAAUUACUUAAGACCCGAUGCGCGCCAGCGAGUCAAUCAGAAAUACAAGACACGCUGAACAUUGUGAACCUGCGGAGGGAGUUUCAGCUAGAGGCCCAUCGAGAGCAGCUAGUUAACGACAAUGAUCGUCAAAAGUUACUGCAGGAUGGCAUUCAGUAUCUGCUGUUGAAGAUCAAGAAUGAUCGGAACCAAUUUAUUCCAGCAUUGUUGGGUGGAAUGAAGCGGUUGACGAACGCUCUGUCGUUUGACUACCUUACUGGCAUAUAUCAAACACUUAAACUCAUCGAUAAUGUUCAUGUUAGCUGUGCUGUUUUGUCGAGGGUGGCCGAGAUUAUCGAUUCAGAUCGAAACACUCAUGAAAAUUUACAGCGUUUAGUAGCCAUGUUGUUAACUCAGCAGAUGAAAUAUUUCGAAGAGUCGAGCUCUAGUUGGGAGUUAGACCCGUUGACCUAUCCACUAGCGGACAGACUUCUUAGGGCUUGCUACAAUGAUUCAACCUUUAGCGGAAUGGCAAAAUUAGAGCUGUUGAGAUGGGUUCAGCUAGGAACUCAAUACUAUGAUGUUGAUGUACUGAAAGAAUACAGUAAACGGAUUACAAUACCUCAGAAGAUAUUCGCAAAAAUAUGUGCAACGGAAAGUUGCAAAGAUGUGUCUGUAAGAAAAAGCUACAAAAGAGAUUCUCUCUCAACAUUUGAUAUGGUACAUUCGAACGACAUUGCCAUGGAGGUGAGCAACAACCUGGAUGAUCAGGAGAUGAUCAUUAAAUGUAUCGGACAGGGAUUGCGAGUGGUCGUUAGCAGCAUGAAAGCAGAUCAAUUGGAACCACCACAUACAUAUGUCCGUGCAUCACUAACAUCAAUAGAUCCAGAAACUGCCAAAAUGGAUUUUCGAGCUGGUUUGGAAACGUUGGUUAAGCAUAAAAAAUAUCCAGCUGCCGUAACCCUGGUACACCUGGUUCUUUCCUACCAGAACUAUACGGAUGUUAUAAUUCCAGCUGAUUUUGCUGAAAAUUUGAAACGCAAGUCGUUGAAAUACUUCUUGUCGCAAAAAGAACCUGACUACAACAUGGCGGUAUUCGUACUGUUUCUAUGCAAUCACCGUGACAAAUGCCUGGAAUAUCUACGCGUUAAUAUGUUGAAUGAAUCGCAGCGAGCAGCUUUUCACACGUUGCUGGAGUUCUAUUAUAUCAACAUCGGUGAAAUGGAGCGUGCCGUAGAGGAACGCGGAAACCGCAUGCGUUUCCGAUUUUUCUUUGAGUUGUGCAAACUCGAUCCAUCGCUGAAAGCAAAGAAGACCCUCUCAUUCCACAACAUUGUCGAUUUAACCAAGGAGAUGAAGAGCAAAGUUCUCAGCGUCGAGCUUCUACGGAAAAUGAGCGAAAACUUCUCGUGGGACUACCAGCAGGUUCUUGUUUCUCAAAUAAUAACAAUUUUUAAUCUCCAAGAGCUAGAGUUUGAAGUCAGCCAAGAUAAUUUCGGCAAAGAAAUGAUUGUUAUUAAAUCGUCGAUGGACAGCAUUCUCUGUCAGUGUCAACCCUACAUUAGCGAAAUUACAAAUUAUGUCCUGCUGAGUACUAGGCUGACAAAAUACUUAGAAGAAAUGAACUUUUACUUCUAUGAGAUGUACCUUUGCAUAUUGGAAAUAUUCUCUAAUAUUAAUCAUCUCCAGGAGGAAAUGAUCAUAUGGAAAAACAUAUUAAUAUAUCUGAUGGACGGUCUUACCAUGAAACGAACACAUCGUGCUGGACAGAUCGAGUUGGACGCAUGGCUGAAACUUCAGCCGGAUGGUGGAAUGCUUCCAAAGAUAGCGAAAUAUCGUCUUCCUUUUCUUCUGCUUAUUCGUCAUCCGUUAAAGGCUCUUCUAAAAGAAGAGAUUACGAUUGAGAAUUACAAGAAAAUACUGGUGCUGGUAGAGCUCAAAGCUCGACUUGAAAAUAUGGAUCCCCAGGAAUUGCAGGACUACUUUUGCAAAUCAGCAGUAAUCAAUUCUAUUUCCGAAUACAAAAUACAAGCAGAAGAAUUAGCACCAACCACGGGAUGGCAUCUGCAACCGGUGAAUAACGCAUUUUUGCAAGCGAUCCUUCGCGUGGUGGACUGUGUUUCGGACCUUUCCUCGAAGCUUUUCAUCCUCUACUAUGUAACAAACAACGCUCCAGAGGGUGCCGAUCAGGUGGAAGCAGCAUACGAAUGUUACAAGUUUGCCUGUGAACAUGAGCACGACUUGGCUAGCAACGUCGACGCCAAAGACAAGAUGGAGAAAAUAAUUCGAAAAUAUCCUAUUUUUAAAACACAACAUUUACUUCUACAAUACGGAAUCAGCGAUGAUAAACUUCUAGCACUGGUAAAGAAUCCCCGAGAACUCAUAAACGCUCUCUAUAGUGAAACGCUUCAGCACAAAGUGGACAUCAACACUUUGGUGUGCGAAAUCUCCAAGCUUCACCAGAUAGAUAUCGAUGCUAUUCAAGUUACUCUGAUUCAGAAGUGGCUCUCGAUUUUCGGGUCUAGUAACGAUUCGAGCGAAAACAUGGAGGAGACAUUGUACGAAGACCACAACAUGUCUGUGGAUAAUUCGGAUGCAGCGACUUCGGCCGAUGAGUACGUAGCAAGAGCACAUUAUAUACUGAAAAGUUGGAACAAGGAGAAAAGUGUGCAGUUUCUGAUAACACAGCUUUGUACAGGUGACACGAAUUUAGAUGCCAAAAAACAGCUACAAAUUUAUGACUGUUUCAGUAAACUAAUCGAUGAUCAAUGCAUACCCUAUAUCGACGUAUUCAACCCGGGUCACUACAUUGUUCUAAAGUGCAUCUACUAUCUCAAGUCACUUGGUUUCAACAAUCUUACUGUGAGUAAAUUCGAAGAAACGGAGAAAAUGGGCUUGCUAAAACGUCUGUGGCAGUCACAUGCUACUAAUUCUAAGGGCCUAGAGGUAAUCGCUUAUAUCUGCUUAGGUUAUAACAUCUUUCUGCCUCAGAUUUGGAAUGGAGUACUGAAGCAAAUGUCUCGUACCAAUAUGAUUUCCCAUUUGACAAUGCUGCUAGACAUAGUAUCAGCACGAGAGCAAUUAGUUACUCUGGAAGGUUAUCGUAUGGCGUGGGAAACGAUCAUCAAAGCUCCGUUCCGGAACGCUAGUCGUAUCCGUUCAUUCGAGGAAGAUGCCGUGCUGGCAAAAUCGUUGAUAUUGCUUCAAAGGUGCCCAGUUUCGGCGUCACUCAAUCUGAUGGACAUAGCUGAAGUUUGCAUCAAUGCUAAUCGUGUAUGUAUGGCAGCGGUACUAGUCCCAUACGCCAAUGAAACACUGCAACCAGCUCUUAAAAAGUUGAUAUUCAACAAUAUGGAGACCACAUUACGACAGCAAAUACUCGAGUUGGAAGAAUUUGGCAUAGCAUCAAUAGUUACUAGAGCCGUGUUUAGUGCAUUAAAUCUAAACAAAUCUGUUUAAGUAGACAGUACUGUAGUGUGCUGAGUUGUCGUUUAUUACGAAAUAAAAACGGAUGUUUUGCUCGAUCGGUGUUUAA